AUGGGGUGCGCCUCCAGCUCGUACUCGGCCGUCAAGCUGUCCAGCAGCCUGGGCAAGGGCCUGGGCAAGGGCCUGGGGGUGACGCCGACCUCCAGCACCAGCUCCAGCGAGCACGACGCCGCCAGCCCGCUGCACCUGCUCAGCGGGCCGCGCCGCCUGUCCAUGCGCCCGCACUCCCUGGAGACCCGCAUCCUGCAGAUUGACCAGGUGGACACGGUGCUGCUGGACCCGCCAUACAGCAGCGAGCCUGAAGCCCCGUUCGUGGACGGCCAGUUGGGGCUGCGGGUGUUCGGCGCGGAGGUGCCGGGGGUGCAGGGCGCCGUCCGCGUGCGGCUGUGGCGGUUCGGGCGCUGGGAGACGGUGCUGGUGGACGACAGGCUGCCCACGCCCUACUGCAUCUCCUCGGACGCGCCCGGCGAAGUGUGGCCCGCCCUCUUGGAGAAGGCCUUCGCCAAGAUCCACGGUGGCUACUCCGGGCUGUCCGGCGGGGACGUGCUUUGGGGCCUCGAGGACCUCACCGGGGGCGUCUCCCAGCGGCUGCUCGUCGGCGGCGGGGAAGGCGUGUGUGACGCGGCGUCUGCCGACACGGCGGCCACCAAGGCCGGCAACCAGGGCCAACAGGGCCAGCAGGGCCAGCAGGGCCAGCAGGGCCACCCCGCGAGGGCGCGCGAGUCUCUGUACCUCCUACUGUAUCGCCCGAUUGUUCAAGCGCUCCGAAUCGGUGCCCUCAUCUCUUGUACACCGGUGCCAGUUCAAAUUCACAAUCACGAAGUACAUAUUAGCAUAGUAGUGGAUACAAAGUUGACAAUCAGAGGUCCUCAGAUUUGUGUUCAUGAUAACAUGAGAAGUGUUUCAAAUCAUUGGAUGGACCUAGAGGGCUUCGCAGCAGCUUAUACGAAUAUCAUUGUCACCACAUUGGAUACGGGAUCAGACCACCUACAGGUUGAAGAAAUAUUUGGUUGGUGGGAAGCAGGAAUAAGCGCAGGAGGCAGUAGGAAUAACUUGGAAAAAUUUGCAACCAAUCCCCAAUACAUUCUUACAAUCACUCAACCAGAUGAGCAUGAAGAAAAUAAGGAUUUUGGCCGUUGUUCUCUGUUGCUAGCGUUGAUGCAGGAACAUAGAAGGAGCGCACGUGCAUGUAGACCUCCAAUGUUACCAAUAGCGUACUUUAUUUAUAAGGCUGAUACACCAGGAGAGCGACUCAGUGCUGAAUAUUUUCUAUGCGUUCCUGAAGAGGUAGAUACUGGUCCAUUUGUCAACAAGAGAGAAAUAGCCCAUCGUGCAGAACUAGAGCCAGGAAACUACAUAGUGGUCCCUGCCACAUGGUCAGCUGGCUAUCAAGGAGCCUUCCUGUUGAGAAUUUGCACAUUACGAAAAAUAACAUUCAAAGCUCUCCCCCCUUAUGAGCCCAUAAGUGCAAUGCUCCCAACAUGGGUGCCAGCAACAGAAAUUUGAAUGCCAAAAAUGGAAGUAGGGGUUGCAAAAUAAAGACAGGGUAAAUGUGGGAGAAAAAUCUACUUCCUCAGCCAAACUUGUGAUAUGGUUUCAAACUCAUUGUUACAUUAAUAAAUAAAUAUAAAAUAUAAAGCAUGUGUU